CAGUACGUCAAGAACACGUAUGUAUAUACCUUAGUUGUAUGCUUAUAAAUUAAUGUUACUCAGUUUCUUCGACUGGAUUUCCGAAUUGUGGCCGGCCUAACCAUCGGUAGACACAAAAGUUUAUCAAUCUCUCUAGUAAACGAUGAAAACUAUUUACUUGAUGCUGUUUAGUUUCUUCCUGUUGAUCCAUCAUGGAUAUGAAGGCAAAGGCAACUUCGUCGCGGCAUCAAGAUUUUUAAUGUUUGAUCAAGACUACUUUUCAUCUGUGAUGACUAGUUUUGAUGCGCCGCCGACAGCUUCUGUGGUUGAUGAGAAUCAUCAGUAUUCCAUACCUUCAAAAGCAGAAGUGGUAGUACUAGUUGAGGAGAAAACCAAGAAAGCUCCCCAAACUCCAAAGGGUAAUACCCCUGUUCGUGUCAAGGGCAGCCCACCACCUCCUAUGCAGCCUUAAUUAUCCGCCUUUUCCAACGCCACCAUGACGGAUUCCGCCCCCACCCGCCUGUCAUGUGAUUGCCUGUCUGAAGUAUGUUUGAUUGAUCGGUAGGUUGAGUUUUUGUCCGUGUGUGUGUGUGUGUGUGUGUGGGAGAGAUACGGUAAAAUCAAAUGUUAACUGAUUAUUUGUAGAUGGGGUGUUAUUAUUAUAAUUAUUUUUUUUGAAAAGGUGAUGGGGUGUUAGUGAAUUUUACAAUAUAUUUACUUCUCUUACUUAAAUCAUACCAAGCCUUCAUUUCUACCGUAGUAGUUUAAUUUUAUUACGUAUUAAUGCAGUAGUUUAAUGCACUCGUUAGCACCUUCUGGUGUCUGCAAAGGUUUGAUGUACCACCACCAUUAGGUGUUAAGUCAUGGUUGCAACAUGAUGUAAUAGGGGUUGUCCGAGAAUAUAAGAAUCUAGGUUUUUGCCUUCUAUUUCGCACC